AUGGCUGUUAUCCUUAUUGUCCCGUUUCUUUGGGUGUUGUACACUGUUUUCACCACCGUCCGAGUGUUUAUGACGAAGGUGCCUGGGCCAUGGUACGCCAAUAUCACAAGUCUCGUACUCAAGUACCACGAAUUUUCCGGAUCCCGUCGUGCUUGGAUUCAUGGUCUCCAUCAAUGUUAUGGGCCUGUUGUUCGACUUGCCCCAAACGAGUGCUCAUUUGCCAAUUCCGAGGGCAUGAAAGAGAUCUACCAAAGUGGUGGGAGCGGGUAUGACAAGACGGAGUUUUAUGAUUUAUUCAAGCAAUUCGAUUACAGAACUAUGUUCUCGACGUUGAAGAAACAGGACCAUGCGCAACGUAAGAAGUUGUUUGCAGACAAAUACGCAAUGACAAAUAUUGUUCGUCCUGAUAUUAUUAAAGGCAUUGAAGCACGUGCGGAGAGCGUAAUUAGCAAAUGUAAAGAAUCUAUGGAUGGAUAUCUUGACGUUUAUGUGACUCUACAUUGCUAUGCUCUGGAUUGUGCAUCCCACUUUCUGUUUAGUCCCAUGGGAACAAACACUUUGAAUAAUCCUGAUGAUAUGGUUCUGAUACAAGAGCUCACUUACAACAACAACUUAAAGCAACGAUGGCUUGAACACUAUUCACCAACUCUUUCGGCACUCAUGUUCAAUAUUAGGGGGAGAAACGCUGCCGUCUCCAAAGAUUAUGUUUUGGAGCAAAGCCAGCAAAUAACUCCCAGUGAGGUGACUCUCAUCUCUAGAUUGCAAAGCAGGUCAGAUACUCUGCAGAACAUUCAAAUGGCAGCUGAAUGCAUGGACCACAUGUCUGCCGGAAUUGACACUACCGGAGAUGGGCUAUGCUUUCUAAUGUACGAACUUUCCCAGCCUCGGUCUCAGCAUGUUCAGCAGCGUCUUCGUGAAGAGUUCAUUCAAAAUCCCAACGCGAGGCUGGAUACGCUGCCAUAUCUAGAUGCUGUCAUCAAGGAAGGUUUAAGAUUGUUUCCUCCAAUACCCAUGAGUCUACCAAGAUGUGUGCCGCAAGGUGGACGGUUUAUCAGUGGUUAUAACAUCCCAGGCGGGUCAAUUGUUAGCUGUCAGGCUUUCUCGAUGCAUAGACUUGACGAGAGUCUCUUUCCAGACCCCGAAAAAUACAACCCGGAGAGGUGGAUAGAAGAGAAGGGAUUGGUGGAGAGAAAUAGGAUGUUCUUCUCAUUUGCUGCAGGCGGAAGGGGAUGCAUUGGGAGGCAUCUGGCCAUGAUUGAGAUGAAAACACUUUUGAAAGAGAUAUAUUCAAAGUUUACGACAAGUGUAGCACUGGAGAUGAAAGGAGACAUGUCUAUCGAUGACCAAAUUAUCGCCUCGCGGCCUAAAGAUCAGACCUGCCUCCUCAAGUUUACUCUGUCCUAG